ACACGAAAGCAACCCAAGGGCCAAGGCAUCUAAUCCUUCGAUGAAAUCAUCCAUACGACGCGAUCGAUUCCGUUGUUCGCUAUCCACUCUCAACCAUGCAUGUCGAUACGUCCACCUCGCGAGGCUAUAAGAGACAGGCUCAAAUGCAGUCAGAGGACAACAGAAACUCAAACAACUAACUGCAGCAGCUACCUCCCACACUCGACCCAUCGAUGUCUCCUACAUAUUCCUCAUUCGCAGUAAUUGGUGCUGGCACUGUCGGUGGCCCUAUCCUCGCCGCCCUGGCCGCCCAGCCGUCCGUGAAAGUCAUCCUCCUCUCCCGCGGCGCGUCCACAUCCAAGACGGUCUCAGCGAGCGUCGAGGUCGUGCAAGUCCCCUCGUACGACGACGUGAUCGCCGUCGCCGCUGCACUCAAGGCGCACAACGUCGAAGUGAUCGUGUCCACGCUGAACACCGUGGCUCUUCCAUCUCAACUCUCUCUCGCGGAUGCAGCGAAGCAGGCCGGUGUGAAGUUGUUCUUGCCGUCUGAGUUUGGCUUUUCGACGGAGGGAGCCACCGAGGGGUUGUUGGGCGCGAAGCAACAGACCGUCGACAAGCUCCAGAGCGUCGGCGUGCCCUACCUCCGCAUCUUUACCGGAUUGUUCAUCGAGUUUGUGCCCUGGGCCGUGAACUACAACGCGGAGGCCAAGAAGCUGUACGUGGUCGGCAAAUCGGAGGGCGCCGUGUCGGUCGCAUCUAUCGCUGAUAUUGCCGGCUAUCUCGCGCAUGUCCUGACGCACCAACCCACCGCUAUCCUGGAGAACAAGAUCCUGCGCAUCGAAGGUGACCGGAUCCCGGGUUUCCGGUCUCUUGGGCCGCUCUUCGGCGCGGAGGUCGUGACGGUCGAAGCGAUGGAAGGGGAGAUGGCUGACUUCAAGACAUUCUUGAUGAGCCUUGCUGACCAGGGUGUCGCAACUACGGGCUGCGGUGUUAAAGGCUUGUCCGACGAGGAGGCGUCCAAGAGCGGCAACGUGCUGUGGGCGGGACACCAGUGGAAGACGGUCAAGGAUGUAUUCGGUCACUAGUCGAUGUUAUGUCACGGGGUAUUCUUCACACAAGCCACGGAUUUUUUCUAUGCGCGCUUGCGGCCUUCUUGGCGUCUCGAUAGCAGCCUCACUUCAGAGCGCUGGACCCUUGCAUUGCAAAUAUGAAGCUACUGAAUUA